GAAAAAAAAAGAGAAACAAGAGUUAACCACACCAGGGUUCGAACAACUGACACAUGGAGUAAAAGCCAAGCGCCGAAACCACUCAGCCAUCCGUCUUCACGUGUAUGGGAGAAGAUAUUGCGGAUUUGAAGCACAACACACAACGAAUUGUCGAAAGCUUGACGCAAGUCGUUCGGCUUGAAACUACAUGCACUUGCAAAGAGAAACUUUCUGGCCUGAAGAAAGAUUUGCAAGAUCUUGAGGCAAAAGUGUCAAUCAAAGAGGAAGACUGCCGUCGACAGAGAAACACACGUGGAUUGACUAAACACGUAAGGUCAACCCGCUUCGAUGAAUUUGAUAAAAAGCUGAAAGAAAUAGAGAUAACUUUAAAAUCCGUUCAAAGCCAAUCAAAGGGCGCAAGAACAGUUCUACGUGAAACUCCUGAGUCAAGGGGCUUUGAAGUCGCAACUGAAUCAGCAACAUACGCCGCUAGAUCUGAACAGCAAAUACGAGAUGUACGUAUAAAACAUCAGUCGGAAAGACUAUGCACCAUGGAUUUCCAAAAAUGGACACGUUUGGCAACGGAAGAAGAAGCAAAAGCGUUGACCGCCGUCGAUCGUCCUGAAGAUGGCACCCACACUGUGCUGCUACUGGAUAUAUCAGAAAGCAUGGCGUCAGGGGAUUCGUGGAGAAAGGCCAAGCAUUUUGUGAACACGUUUCUGUCUGGUUUAGAAGAACAUUCAAAACUUAGACGAUACGAAAGAAACGAUCCAAUCGACGAGCACGUCUCGUUAGUUACAUUUGGACAUCGAACCGAAACUCUAGUACCGAUGACAAAGGACUUCAGAGCUGUAAGAGAUGCUAUAGCCAAACUUGAACUGGGCGGACCCAGUCCACUUCUAGGCGGUCUCUUGAUUGCGGCAAAGAAUGCAGGCGCUUCAAACAAGCCAGGGUUGAUCAACGGUGUCUUUUUGCAAAACCGAAUUAUUGUCAUAACCGAUGGUCAACCAACAGAGUUAUCCUUGUUUAGUGGACCUGAUGUGGCUGAUGAAAGCCAGAUAGACGAGGAAAGAACGAUACUCCUGAGCAUACUAGACCAAAUAACAAAUAUUCUUAUCUCAGUUUUCUUUAUUGAAGUCCCGAAUUGUGAAACAACAUUGUUCCAUUGCAUACGUGACCACGCAGUCAGGAAUGUUUUUGAUUGUGACUCCGGUCGCAGACUGGCAAAACGCAAUCAUCUUUGUCUAAAAUUUGGCUUCGAUCAUCAAGUCGGUGAUUUUGGUUCAUCGAUGGCAGAAGAUCUUGAGGAUAUGCACGAUCUUUCCAUCGCCACAAGACGUGUGGCAGACGCUGUAGCCACGAGAAAGCGUCCCACCGAGUUGUAUCGGGAGAGCAACUGCAAAACACUGCCCAUCAUCGGAUCUCGUGUUCGCAGAGGGCCCGACUGGAAAUGGGACAAUCAGGAUAAGGAUGGGCCUGGAACUGUUGUAGGGCAUUGUGAGGAUGAUGUGAGGGUAUGGGUCCAGUGGGACAAUACAGAAGAUCGUAAUGUCUACAGAUAUGGAGAGUCCUUUGAUGUUCUUGUAGUCGAUGAGAUUCGACACCUUAAGCCCGGACAGCGAAUGGCGGUUGGUUGCCAUGUUAAACCAGGUCGAGAUGGUAAAUUCCACAAUGUCCACAAUUGGAAUAAAGGAGUGGUCAUUAAAAUGACACCACCCAAAGCUCAGGUUCGUUGGGACAGUGGAAUAAGAGGAGACUAUAGCUAUGGCGAAGAUGGCAAAUUUGAAAUAGAACUAUGUGAGAGUCCUGUUAAAUCAACAUCUAUAGACUCUGGUAUUUCAUUGGACAUCGGAGCCGCUCGUUCUAAACGCACGAAUAAAAACAAAUCAGCGAAGUAGACAGUUUCUUUAAGGAUAUUAUUGGCAAGCAUACUGACAUCAAUGUAUCAGUAUAUAAGUUUAUAUAUUUACUGCAAUAUUUUUGUCUCACAUUUGUUCAGUUUUUGUGAAAUUGUUUUCCGCCUAAUUGUGUACUUUUGCAUAUUCACUUGUUUAAGAUGAAACUUAGAAAUACAAAUUUAUAUUUGUA